AUUGGUCAGGUCUACAGACAAGAUGGCUGCCAGCUGUGAGCCGUGAUCGUUCUCACGCUCCUGUUAUCUUCUUGUAAUAAUCAUAUCUCAGAGGAGUGAGUGGGAGAAAUGGGUUUGUCUCAGAGUUCAGAGGUACCUGAAGGAGGGACGUAUGGAUACCACGUACACGGAGUGCAGCCGGAGUCCCCUGCAGAGAUGGCCGGCUUGCAGCCCUUCUUUGACUUCAUUCUGUCUCUGGACAAUAGGAGACUUAAUGAGGAAAACGACCUGCUGAAGGAGCUCCUGAAGGCCAACAUGGAGAAAUCAGUGAGGAUGGAGGUGUACAGCACUAAAAGCACGAGGGUCCGUGAGCUGGAGGUGGUGCCCAGCAACAUGUGGGGAGGACAGGGGCUGCUGGGGGCCAGUGUACGCUUCUGCAGCUACCAAGGAGCCAGUGAGAAUGUGUGGCACGUCCUGGAUGUGGAAGUUAGUUCACCUGCUGCUCUGGCAGGGCUCCAGCCACACAGUGACUACAUUGUUGGAGCGGAUCAAUUGUUGCAAGAUUCAGAAGACUUCUUUUCUCUGAUCGAGGCCCAUGAAGGGAAACCCCUGAAGCUUCUAGUGUACAACAUACAAACGGAUGCCUGCAGAGAGGUGGUGGUCACACCGAAUGGAGUGUGGGGAGGAGAGGGCAGUUUGGGUUGUGGCAUUGGUUAUGGUUACCUGCACCGAAUCCCUGCAAAUCCAGACAUAUCAACUGCAAAGCCUCCCACCCCUGUCCCUGAGGAGAAACCCUCUCCAACACCGCCUGCACAUGGAUUCACAGAGGCUCCUUUAAUGGCGCCUUCCGGCCUGAGUGAAGAUGUGUUAGAUGUGGAGCAGGUCAACCUGCAGGAAGCUCCUCUUCCUCCUCCCAUCCAGACAGUCACAGACCCUGAGUCUGCAGUGGCAGUGAUGAGCCCUGACACUGCAGAUGUGGUGGACAGGCUGGAUCUGUCCAUGUCAUCCAUAGACAUGACCAACACGUCACUGACUAUGCAUGAGGAGAAGGACGGUGAAAUCUCUGGCAUUGAGGAGCUGGAUGACAGUGUACUGCUCUCAUCAUCAGCGGAGGACCAGACUGAGUCACAAGAGCUGAGCUCGCAGGUGGUCAUGGAGCUCACCCCUGCUCUCGCUUCCACUGACAUUGUGUCUGAUUCAGGCAUCCCACCAGCAGAACCAUAUCACUCGGUCACAGAGUCUACUGCCCCACAAAGCUUUCUAAUGGAGUCUAAUGAGAGCCCAAGUCCACCUAUGAGUGCGUUGUCUCCCCCUGUAGACACACCCGAACCUCCUGUUGAGCCCUCUGUCCCUAUCGAAGACCCUCCCUCCCCACUUCCCGUUGAUCUCCUCCAGUCCCCGGCCGUUGAUGAGACGACAGCAGAUGAUUCUCCUCCUCAGGUUGUCGAGGAUGCAGCACGGUCAGCGGAGGAGUCCGCUGAGCCUCUAGAUGUAGCUCCUGCUCGGCCGUGCAGCCAUGAGCACGAUGAGGAGGAACCAGAAGAGACACCUGUUGAGUAAGCUUGUAUCAGGCUUUAACACAAAGUACAAAAAUGCAAGGUGAAGCUGACAAUCACUUUUAUAAGAAACACUAGAGAGGGAAUUCAGGAUAGACAAGGGAAGGCUUCCUGAUUUUACACUGAUAGUCUUACAGGAAUGUGUACCAUCAGGUUAGUUACACUACAGGAACCAGCUACAGCAUUAACAUGUAGACAGAUACUUUGAGUCACUGUAGGAAUAUCCUUUUUUUUCUUUUAUAUGUGAGAAUUUAAAGUUACAGCUAAUUUAUUUAGCCAAAAUGAUGUUAUGUUAUCAACUCUUUUAUUUGUCUGGUGCAAGAUUAGAUUUUACUUUGUAGCACGCUUUAUUUCUGGGACACUAAUGUGAUCAAUACUUGAAUACUUCCAAAGAUAAGCAAGUAAUAUAAUGAAUAUAAUGAAAAAACACAUGUCAGGCAUCUACUACAGUAAAGAACAACUGCACCUUAAUAUUCGUAAAAGUUUUUUAAAACUACAGUUUGGAUAGAUUGCAAGUCUCAAGGUGCAGAGUUAUAUCUAUUGUUGGUGUGCUUUGAAGAAGCAUUAUCUAUAAAAUGACUCCCAUAAUAGAGCAUUUUUUAAAUUGCAAAUUUUAAGAACAUUGGUUUUAGAAGGUUCUGUCUGGCAUGGAGGGAAAUAUUUGUCCACUUAUGAUUUUAAACUACUUACCACAAGCUUUUAUAAUAGAUCAGAUGAUGCCAGUACAUUUUAUAUGCUUGUCUUUAAUUUAAUCUGCCAUAUAGUCUGUGAUCAAUUUCAAAACAUUUGACAGCUGAUAUUAUGUCCCCCAUGUUUUACUUUACACUAUUUUUACCUUGUUAUCUAUGCAACAGUAGACAAGAGCUGCCUGUGACUUUACAAUGUGUUUUAUAAUGUAAAUUCAAUAGAUAAGUCUUUUGAGAUAUGUAUGUGGUAAUACUGCUGUUGGGUAAUAGUUUGUUUUUUCUAGGGGGCUACUUAAUGUUCUUCACUGUCAAAAUAGGUGCUAGUGUGUAAAAUAAGGAAAAGUAUUUUUGCAGAUACUAUCAAUGGUUUGUAUGUUUUAUUAGGAAUGAGUGCAGAUUCUUUUGAUGAAUGGGAGAUGGGUGAAUCUUAAAAGGUUAAACAAUCAUAUCACUUAAAAAAAAAAGAAAUCAUUUGUUCUUAUUUCACACUCAUCAGCUGAACACGUUACAACUCAAGAAAACAUUCAUCUAUAAUUACCAUAGAUCUGUCAUUGUUAAAUCAUUCCAAUUUAUUUAUCUGAAUGCCUAAAAUAUACAUAUUUCACAAGUUAUUACAACAGGGAUAUUGCAGUGUUACGGCCUAAUUACGGCACCCAUCCUGUUUUUGGCCAAUUAGAGCUCACUCUAUGCAUCCCCCUCACGACAGCUUAUACACACUCACACUCCUCAUUGCAAAAUUAACUCCAGAAAAUUUACAAUGAAAGGAUCUGCUGUUCUGCUUGGAGACACACCAAGAGAGAAAUGGGUAGUUGCGUUUAUUUCACUUUGGUGAAUUUCCCACAGUGGUUGAAUGUUCAUAUAUUCUCUUGGAUGAGAUUCCCCCCCUUCAAGUUACGUACAUUUGUUUCAUUGAACUCCUAUUGAAUCUAAAGGAAAUGUACAUUUGAAAAGCCCUCACUGUCAGCAGAGUCACUGCUCAUGAGCUGAGUACAGAGUGAGGAGUAAGCAUUAGUUAUUGUGUAAGAUAUAAUAUGCCUUAUAUAUAAUUUCCCAAUCGCUUAGAUGACUUGAACAACUACCGACAUUCUUAAAGAUUAAACUGCAAUUUCUGGGUUGUAGUGAAUACAACAAAUGCAAUUCAUAACAUCCAAGUAAAAUUUACCUUCAUGACCACGAAUGUGUUCUAGAUUUUGAAAAAUAACUUGUUUUUUUUUUAAGUAAACUGUACAUCAACAAAAUAUAACUGAAGCAACCCCCUCACCCCUCUGAACAAAAUCAAAAAAAUGUUGUACAUAUAUUUACAAAAAAGAACAUUCAGUCCAUUUAGAACAGCACAGCUAAACAGAAGAGACAAAGACAAGUGCUGCUGUCAGCAAAGUUCAAUGAUUAGACGUCUAAGCCAAGGGUUAGGUUCAAGUUCAGAUGUACGAUGUCGACAACAGAACGAAAGAGGAUUGAUUUUGAGGGAUUGUGAUGCUACCCAGAGACCAAGUGUACUCCUAAAGUGGUGACACUGCUGAGACGGCUGUGGAGUGUUUGUAGAACAAGGACAGUUUCUGGAAUGUACUAGAACAGUCUACUACAUCCAUGUGCAUAUACACACGCACACACUCACAAACACGAUCGCUUCAAAACAAAAUGGCAGUCAGGAGGAAUGAAACAAACUUAGCGGUCAAAUUGGAAAAAAAAAAAAAAAAAGUUAAAGAGUCCUUUCUUCAAACUGUAAAAAAAAAAAAAAA